CUGAUAUAACCAUGAUAGAAGACAAAGGUCCACGAGUGGCUGACUAUUUUGUAGUGGCAGGGCUCACUGAUACAGAUACUGCAACCCUUCUGGACCAAGAAAUAAGUCGACAUGAAACAAAGUCAACUGGUCCAAAGGCUCCAAUUACUGACAUUGCUGUGAUAAUUAAAUCAGCUGGUGAAACUGUCCCAGAGGGAUACACCUGUGUUGAAGCCACCCCUACAGCCCUCCAAGCCAACUUAAACUAUGGAAGUCUAAAGAGUCCUGAACUUUUUCUUUGCUACAAGAGAGGCCGGGACAAACCACCUCUUACUGACAUCGGAGUUCUAUAUGAAGGGAAGGAACGCAUCAUUUCAGGCUGCGAGGUGAUUCAAGCUACUCCUUAUGGUCGUUGUGCUAAUGUUAACAACAGUUCAGCUUCUUCUCAACGGAUCUUUAUCACAUAUCGAAGGGCUCCUCCAAUACGACCUCAAAAUUCAUUGGCAGUGACGGAUAUCUGUGUUAUAGUUACCAGCAAAGGAGAAACCCCUCCUCAUACAUUCUGCAAAGUUGAUAAGAAUUUAAACUGUGGUAUGUGGGGUUCCAGUGUAUACCUUUGUUACAAGAAGUCAGUGCCAGCUUCUAACUCUUUAGCAUAUAAAGCUGGCUUAAUUUUCAGAUAUCCUCAAGAGAAUUAUGAGUCAUUCCCACUGUCGGAAUCUGUACCUCUCUUCUGCCUUCCUAUGGGAGCUACUAUUGAGUGCUGGGACCCGCAAACCAAAUAUCCACUACCGGUGUUCUCAACAUUUGUACUGACCUGCUCUUCUGCAGAAAAGGUAUAUGGUGCUGCUAUUCAGUUUUAUGAGCCUUAUCCCCGGGAGCUCCUCACAGAAAAACAGCAAUUGCAGCUAGGUCUCCUGACAGCUGUAGAGAGGAAAGUGGUUACUUCCAAAUCCAUCAAUUCCAACAAGUGCAUCUGCCUUCUCUCACGCUGGCCUUUCUUCGAAGCAUUUCGAAAAUUUCUUAUGUUCAUCUACAAACUCUCUGUCUCUGGACCUCAUCCUCUUCCCAUUGAAAAGCACAUAUCCCAUUUUAUGCACAAUAUACCUUUCCCUUCACCACAAAGGCCAAGAAUUCUUGUGCAGCUUUCUGCCCAUGAUGCAUUAAUACUGUCCCAGCCAGUUUCAACACCAUUGCCAUUAAGUGGAGCAAACUUUAGCACUCUGCUCAUGAAUCUUGGACCGGAAAACUGUGCCACUCUGUUACUCUUUGUGUUACUAGAAGGCAAGAUCCUCCUCCAUUCUCUUCGACCAGCUGUGUUGACAGGAGUUGCUGAAGCUGUAGUAGCUAUGAUCUUUCCAUUUCAGUGGCAAUGUCCAUAUAUACCCCUCUGUCCUUUGUCUCUGGCCACCGUACUCAGUGCACCUGUUCCAUUUAUCGUUGGAGUUGAUUCACGGUACUUUGAUUUGUACGAUCCACCACAGGAUAUUGUGUGCAUUGACUUAGACACAAACAUGGUGUACAUAUCAGAUGAUAAGAAGAGCACCAGCUGGAAGCAAUUUCCUAAGAAGCCAUGUAAAAGUCUGCUCAGCACUUUAAAGAAAUUGCACCCACAACUGGCAGCAGUUCACAGGAAAACUCAAGAAGGCUCUGCAGUGGAGAUGACUCCUAUUGAGGCAGAUUUCUCCUGGCAAAAGAAGAUGAUAGAACUUGAGAUGGAGAUCCAGGAAGCUUUUCUCCGUUUCAUGGCAUCUAUUUUAAAGGGUUACAGAACGUUCCUCAAGCCAAUCACACAGGCACCUUCAAAUAAAGCAACUGCUGCUGAUUCCUUGUUUGAUCAUCAAGGGUUUUUAAAAAGCAGAGACCGUGCCUAUACAAAGUUCUACACGCAUCUCACCAAAACGCAGAUAUUCAGCCGCUUUAUUGAAGAGUGCAGUUUUGUGAGUGACAAAGAUACUGGCUUGGCAUUUUUUGAUGACUGCAUAGAAAAGCUCUUUCCAGAUAAAGGAACAGAAAAAGGAGAGAAGGUUGAUGUAGAUUCCAUUGAAGAUGCACGGUUGAUUGAGCUUGAUGAGUCACAAAAAAGUGAACACACAGUGUUCAUAAUGCCACCAGAACCUCCUGCUGAUGAUGGACAGGACCGAGUGCCAAAAUACAGCUAUAAAAACUUCCCACGACUAGAUUUCAAGCUUUUUGACAGGCCACAGGAGCUCAAGCUCUCCUUCAGCAGACACCCAGCUGGAAGCAGCAUUUCAAAUAGUCCAGCACUCAUGGCAAAGAGGACAAAACAGGAGAUAAAAACAGCCCAUAAAUUAGCCAAGAAGUAUUAUGUAAGCCCCCCACAGUGGGCUAAGUGUCUCUUCAGCCAUAGUUACAGCCUGUGGUUUAUUUGUCUGCCCGCCUACAUCAGAGUUGCACAUCCCAAGGUCAAAGCACUGCAGCAGGCAUACGAUGUUCUAAUUAAAAUGAGGAAAACUGAUGUGGAACCACUAGAUGAGGUCUGCUACAGAGUUGUAAUGCAGCUCUGUGGACUGUGGGGUCAGCCUGUUCAGGCUGUGAGAGUCCUCUUUGAAAUGAAAAAUGCUGGAAUACAGCCAAAUGCCAUCACCUACGGUUAUUACAAUAAGGCAGUUUUAGAGUCUCCUUGGCCUAGCAGUAACCGCAGUGGCAUAUUCCUGUGGACAAAGGUACGAAAUGUAGUUCGUGGCACAGCACAAUUUAGGCACUGCUUAAAGAAAACAACGCAGAGCCCACAAGUACCUGUGAUAUCAGCUCUGCGGAGUACCACAGGUGGAAGUGAUGGGGACAUGGUGAGCCAUGGUAGCGUGGAUAGUUCUAAUGAUGCUAACAGUGGGGAGCACACUCUCUUCGUCAGUGACUUAGUCAGGCUUGAUUCCAUUGAUAAUCACUCUAGCACAG